CUUGAAAGUAUUUGAUGCGUUUCUGUUAAAAAUAGAAGUGACAAGACUUUUGUCUUGUAAUAACAAUAUUGGCAAUAAACCUGUUUUUUUCUAAUGAUUUUUUGGUUUGACAAUUGUUUUCCUUUUUCUUAAGUUUGUUUCUUGUUCCACUUGUUCAUGUCAUUCCUCUCUUUCUUUUGUCUUUUUUUUUUUAUUGUACGGGUUCUACAAAUUCCAUAAUUUAAUUCAUAAGUAACAUAACCCUGAGAAAGUUUAUCAUCAAAUCUUCCAAUCUUAGUUUCUGGGUCCUUUUUAUUUGUCUUAAAAAGGCUGGUUUUUCAUUUUAUAUGGUUUGUUCUAUGUUUAGAUGAUCUAUGGGGAUUUAAUAAAAGAGUGUUCUUUGGAUUUGGAGGUAGAAUAAAAAUGAGGGUAUUUCCUGGAAGUCCAGGGACGCUGACUAGCCUCCUUUUGAGGGUUGCACAAUGUGUUUUUGCAGCUGGGUCAAUUGCUUCCAUGGCUACUACUUCUAGCUUCUUCAAUUUCACAGCUUUCUGCUACCUGAUUGCUUCAAUGGGAUUGCAAGUUGUUUGGAGCUUUGGUCUUGCAUUACUAGAUGGAAUUGCCUUGGUCAAAAAGAAGGUCCUUCAUAAUCCCGUUCUAGUCAGCCUUUUUGUAGUCGGAGACUGGGUGACAGCUACAUUAUCUCUGGCUGCAGCUUCUGCAUCAGCAGGCAUCGCAGUAUUGUACUUUAAUGACUUGGGAAAUUGCAAAUUUGGAGAAGAAUGCCAAAAAUAUCAAUUGUCAGUUGCCUUGGCCUUCCUCGGUUGGAUAGCAAUUGCAAUAUCAUCCUUAAUUAUGCUUUGGCUAUUGGCUUCAGGUUAAACCAUUUGUUGUACAGGAUUUUGGUUUUCUUCCACCUUCAAGAACGUGUUAAUCUCAGAAAUUUUGAUCUUCUCAUAGUGUCCAUACAAAAGAAAAAAGUGAAUAUAGUUUUCUGAUACUCAGCAUUGUUUAUUUCUUCAUUAGGAAUCAUUUUUUUGGCUUCUGGUGGUGGCAAAUAAAACAUCAGUUUUGUGGAUUUGAAAGUAAA